UCUACUUUGCUACGUCUCACUCCGAACGCCUCGGCUCCGUUUUGUCCUACAAGAAGCUGUAACUUACAUCGUAAUGUCAGAGCACUAUCGUAGAGAGCGGUCGUUGCGAGCCGCCGCGACCGCGCUUCCGCUUGGCGUAGGCAGUGAUGAUACCUUACUGGACGAAGACCUCGGGGACGAGGAGUACGAUCUGGGUAACGACGAGGAGGAAGCCCUCCUAGCAGAUGACUAUGAACUAGAGAGGCAGAAUAGCUAUAAGGGAGAAGAGGAAACAGAUGAUGUACUGGACUUAGGAGUCACGGACGCGCUCGACGACUUAGACGCCGAAGACGAAAAUAUAGAGUUUAGUAGAGGCAAUACUGAUAAACGUAGCGAUAACGAUUUCUAUAAGGACGGAGAACAUCCGGAGGCACAGUCGACGUCAUAUUACGAGCAAGACGACAAUGCAGAGUACGCGAACGAGCACGAGGCGUUGCCUCAGUCCAGCAGAAAUUCGGAAUCCAGUAACGUUAACAUUUCUAAUAACAUCGGCAUGGGCGAUCUGCGCGAGAAGUUGCAGAAAAACGUGUCGAAAUGCAUUUACGUCGGCAAGGGGCAGGGAAUGGAGGACGAUGACUGCGAAGAAGCGAAAGAGAGGCGGAACAGAUUUCAAAACGAGCGUACGAUGAUUUCUCCAAAGAUGAACAAUGAUAUUCCGGAUACCUUAGAAAAUGUACUCACGUCGGAGCCAUCCAGAAUGCCGUUCAGAGGAAGAGGACGGGGUCGCGGGACAAGAGGAAGCAGAGGAGGAGGAAGAUUUAACAUACAAAGUACUGGAAACUUUAAUCCCAGAUUUGGUACGGCACGACCAGGUUUUGAAAAUCAGCCGCCUACGUGCAGACCGCCGCUAAUAGAGACCAGACCCCCGUGUCUCCUUGGCGUACCAAGUAACGUACAAAAUCAGCAGAUGAUGUACCAACAAGCUAAUCCACAACAACCCUUUCAACAGCCCUUCGGCCCGAACGGUCCGAUGCAAGGGCCGCCGGCGCAAUUCGCGGAGAACAGACCGCAGUUCAAUCCCGGGCAGUUCCAGGGCCCCUUGGGACCGCGUCCGAUCGGCUCGAGGCUGCCCGAGUAUGGACCUAGAGGUCCCUUGACGGGAGUAGGAUCUAUGCAGGGACCGAGCUACAAUUGUCCGCCCAAUCAGCCGCCGUAUCAUUUGCCGAUGCAACCGCCGUUCCAAAAUCCAGCCGGUAUCAUGCCGGAGAAUCGACCGAUGCAGGGUAAUCAGGGGCCUUUGUUGCAAGGAAAUCCGGGUGGAGGAUCGCUCCUCGGUAAUCCGAACAUGCUACUGCCGCCUGGGAAUCCGCCGAGUAUGCUGCCACCAGGGGGAAAUCUGCCAAUGCCGCCGAUGCAGGCGUUUCCGCGCCAGCAGCCCUCUCAGGGCCCACCCAUGCAAAACUUACCACCGAAUAUGCAAAUACCUAGUCAACCGCCCUUCGAAAAUAGACUGCCGCCGUUCCAAGAAUCUCAAUUUGAAGGCCGGGGUUCCUAUGACGCAAGGACUAGUUACCAUCCUGAUCAAGUACCCAAUAGCCAAUUUAAUAAUGCGAUGCCACCGGUACCACAACAGUCGGUAUCUAAUGUGUCACACGGUGUGUCUUUGCCUCCAGGCCACAAGAUUCUAAUCAAUCCUCAUUUCAGAGGCACCGUUCAACCUGCGAACGAGGCUCGGCUUGCUUGGGAUUCUAAUCAACAAGUACAACCACAAGCUUCUCACGGCGGACAAUUUCCACAAGCCCCUUCAUCGUAUCCGAAUCAAGGGUCCUACAACCAGUCUCAGCAAGGUCCAUUGCAGCAUCAACAGAACUAUCAACAAAAUAAAAGUGAUGACCCGUAUGCAUAUUUUUCUGACGUAUGGCAAGAAAAUAGACCUCAGAGACCUCAAAAUAUGAGUCCGAGCAAGCAUUAUCCUUCCGAUAAUAAUUAUUCUCGCGAAAGUAAUUAUAACGAUAAUAAAUAUAAAUCGGAAAGCCAAUGGGAUCAAAGAGACAAUUAUCAAGAGGAUCACAGAGGAUCUCACCAGAGUUAUCGGGAAAGAGAUGCCCUGCGAGCAAGAAACGAUCAUGUGCAAAGAAGUAGAACGCCGCCGAAUGUGUAUCGCAACGAGCCUUAUGAACAAAAGAGCUCUAGACCGAUAAAUGUGCCCCGUGGAAUAAACAGGCCUCUACAAAAGAGAAUCUCUGAAUCAUUGGAUAAAGGACCGCGGGAAAUAAGUCCGAAACGCAGUAAACCGCCUAAUAGAAAUCUUCAAGAGGUGCCAAGAAUGGAUAUAAUAAACGAAACCGUUGCCGAUAAGGAGGAAGAGGAUAAUGAUCCAGAAAUGCAGGAAUACCGCAAGAAAAUGGAGGAGCAGAAACGUCUUCGGGAAAAGUUGUUACGCGAGAAGGAGAACAGGCGUAAAAUGGCUGCGAUAGGAAAACAAAAUGAAGACGUGAAGUCCGGUUUGUGUAUCACUGCAGUGAACGAAAAUACGCAGCAAGAAGCGAAAUCGGUGACCGGAAACGUUAACGACAACACUAUUAAAACUCGCCCUGGUGUUGCUAAAGGACGCAAUCGUCCUGUCAAUACACAGAGCACAGAGGUAGCAGACAGACCAUCUAAUGUACGAAUUAUCAGAACCAUACAAACCAACGAUUUAUCAGACAUGAGUGGUGUUAAAAGUAAUUCCGGACCUGCGAUUAAUCAAGCCAUUGACAGUGUACAAACGAGACAAACGGUGCAACAAUCUGGUGUGCGGAGAGUUGUGAUACAAAAGCCUCUGUUGAAUUCGCAAAAGAUUGCCACCACAAUACAAAAGACUGUCUGCAAUUUGCAAAAAAAUCAGGGAUUGCAGCAAAAAGUAUCUAACCCGCAGAUUGUACAGACACAGAAAGUUUUGCAGAAUCAGAGUAAUGUAUUACAAAAAUCGACGAUUGUCGGUUCGAAAACCGCAAUCGUCAAUCAGAGAGUGAUGGCACAUAAAACACCGGGCGGUCUACAGAAAACUGUGAUUAACGAUAGCGCAAACGUUCAUGGCCAAAAAGUCACGAAUACGCAGCAAAAUUCGCAGCGAAUUGUACUGCAGAAGACUGCUGUCCAAGCAAAAAAGUUACCCGAGAUAAAGACAAAUACAGUUAAAUUAGAAAAUUUGGCCGCGAGCACGUCUGAGGCCCAAAUCAGACGUAUGUGUCAAGCCAUCGGAACCAUUGAGAGCAUACGCAUGGGCGAGGGUAACGCGACCAUUGUAUUUAAGACGCAAUCUGCCGCCAUGGUGUUUCACAAGAAAUACCAGCGUAAAAUGCUCGAUCUAUCGCUGAUAACCGUUCGUCUCAUACCGCAAAAUGCAUCCGGGAAUAAAGCGGGCACAACGGUUGUAAAGAAAUCCUAAGCGGGGAAACAGAGAAUCUCUUAGUAUAUCUUUAAUGUUAAUGUGAUGUAAGCCGCGACUUCUAGAUGAUACUACUCUCGUUUCAAGGUUUAUCCUUAUCUGUUUAAUAGAGAUAUAAAAAUAAAUAUGUAUCUAUAUUUUAUAUAUAUAUAUCCAAAUACAAACACACAUAUGCAUAUAUACACACACACACAUAUUCGUAUAUAAAUUUCCAAAAAUAUAUAAUACACUGCAGAAACUUGUAAAUUUCAGAAGAUUCAGUUUCCCAUAGAACAUUAAUGUAAAUGAUGACUUUUCGAAACACUCGAACAUAUAUUGAAUGCCAUCAAAUUAUUAUUUAUGGAUUUAUUUGUACAUAUGAUGAAAAAUUGUAUAUUUCGUAUAAAAUAAUUUUAAUGUAAUGAUUUGCAUAUAAAAUAAAAUUAUUCGCAACAAUAUGUUAAUAUAAGAAGAGGAUAGUAA